GCUGUUCAUAUACUUCCAGCUAUGUUACAACCUCUGCUUGCGAUACAUAACGGUAGCAGCUCUGGACAUGGAAGUGCAGACGUCUCAUCAUCCGACAUCCAAAGCGCCCCAAAUCACAUAAUCAAUCGUGUUGGAACAUCUGCAACGAUCGAGAAUGGACCCGAGAUCUCUACCGAAGACGCUUGGGACCAGCAGAAUCUUCUCAGUCUGGAUGGCGGCGGGAUACGAGGAUAUUGGAGUCUUUUGGUGCUGGAGAAAUUGAUGGAAAAUGUCGCAUAUCAAGAAACAAAACAGGGUUCGGGUGAAACUGAGCCUGCUAAGGAAUGCGGUAGUUUCGCACCUCAUGCGUUUCCUGAGGGCGCUACCCACGAAAAGCUCACUAAAGACGAGCUGGAGAGCGAGAAUGCUCAUAAUGGCGAUAGCGUACCGGCUAGCCACUUCAGAGGCAGCCGUAAAUUUCUGCCGUGUCAUUACUUUGAUUAUAUUUGUGGGACCAGCACUGGAUCACUCAUUGCAAUUAUGCUUGGUAGAUUUAGAAUGAGUGUUCUCGAUUGCCUGGGUGAAUACGAAAGGAUGGGGAAUCGGGUGUUUGGCAAACCACGACCAUUGUCAAGAAGAGACAUAGUAGGGGGACAAUGGUGUCGAUACAGUACGGAAGAUAUGAAAAGUGUGCUGAAGGACGUAAUUGCUCGACGUAGUGAAAGGGCUCAACGCAUCAACGACACGCAACUACCUUCUAAUCCAACUAUGUGUAAAGUAUUCGUUACCAGCCUGCGGAAUGAUAAAAAUAACCAGAGCGAGCUCAAGCCGUACUUGUUUCGAUCAUAUGAUCAUGAAAGGAAACAAGAACUGCCUCUACAUCCAAACGGUCGCGUAACUACAGAUCAACCACCGAUGUCUUCAAAUAGAAAAAAUUACGGCCAAGCUGAUACCCUGAAGAUUUGGCAGGUGGCAAUGGCAGCAAUAGCAGCUCCUUCGUACUUCAAGCCGGUCAAAAUUUCGAGGAGUACGAUCGAGAAAAAGAUAGACACAUACUUCUCCGACGGUGGCUUUUCCCAUCGCAGUAAUCCAACAGACGAAGGCAUCAAAGAAAUCGAGGAGUUGCAUAGUAAAGCAAAUGUUGGACUGGUCGUCAGCGUUGGAAGUUCUAAAGGCACCGGAAAGCCCACACGAAUCUUUGCCAAGCGACAAAUUCGACGAGCUUUCGAGGAGUCCACAGAUACGGAGAAAGUACACGAUGAAGUGGCAAAAUCAAUGCCUAAGAAUUACUGGCGGCUCAAUGACAGUGUCUCGGGUAUGCAUGUUGAAUUCGACGAGUGGGAACCUCGUGGCCGCACACAUGGAAAGGAGCCUGGAGAGGAGACGCUGAAAACAAUAAAGAAUCACUUCAACAAAUGGGCCAACGAUGGAAACAAUGAAAGAUAUCUGAGAAGCUGCGCGAAAGCACUGGUCGAGAGGCGGAAAGCCAGGGCAAAGGACGCGUCCAAGUGGGAAGCCUAUGCAACCGGUGCGGUAUUCUUAUGCACGUUCAGCGCGUGCCCCAACACUAAAUACGCCUCCAAAUAUGAACUAGAAAAUCAUCUACGGAGCGAUCACUUUGUUGACGAUGACGAGGAUAUCACGAGAUAUGUCAAGUCAAUGACUAGAAGGUGGCAAUAUCAAACACGUCCAAGAAAUGAUGGUUGA